AUGGUGGCAACGUUCAAGAUCGCCGUGCUGGGAGCGCAGGGCGUGGGCAAGAGUGCCAUAGUGCGGCAGUUCCUCUACAACGAGUUCAGCGAGGUCUGCGUGCCCACCACGGCCCGGCGCGUCUACCUGCCCGCCGUCGUCAUGAACGGCCACGUCCACGACCUGCAGAUCAUGGACUUUCCCCCCAUCACCGCCUUCCCCGUCAACACCCUGCAGGAGUGGGCGGACGUGUGUUGCAGGGGGCUCCGGAGCGUCCAUGCCUACAUCCUGGUCUAUGACAUCUGUUGCUUUGACAGCUUCGAGUACAUCAAAACCAUCCGCCAGCAGAUCCUGGAGACGAGGGUCAUCGGCACAUCGGAGACACCCAUCAUCAUCGUGGGCAACAAGCGGGACCUGCAGCGGGGCCGGGUGAUCCCGCGCUGGAACGUCUCCAACCUGGUGAAGAAGACGUGGAAGUGCGGCUACAUCGAGUGCUGGGCCAAGUACAACUGGCACAUCCUGCUGCUCUUCAGCGAGCUCCUCAAGAGCGUGGGCUGCGCCCGCUGCAAGCACGUCCACACCACCAUCCGCUUCCAGGGCGCCCUGCGCAGGAACCGAUGCACCAUCAUGUGA